AAAACUCGGUUUGCAACCGCUUUUUUGACUUUGCAAAGGGUUUAUGAACAAAAGGGAAACUUAAGGAAGAUGUUUACUUCAGAGAAGUGGACCAAUAGCAAAUGGGCAAAAGAGCAAGGAGGAAAAUAUGUAGAAAAAGUCAUGUUGAUGGCCUCAUUUUGGAGGAACGUGCUCCUUGCCCUCAAGUUCGCUUCCCCACUUGUUAAGGUACUUAGAUUGGUUGAUGGAGAAGUCAAGCCUCCAAUGGGAUACAUUUAUGAGGCUAUGGAUCGGGCUAAAGAAACUAUUGCAAAUUCCUUCAAUCAAAAUAAGGAGAUGUAUGAUGAGGUCUAUAAGAUAAUCGACAAGAGGUGGGAAUCCCAAUUGCAUCGGCCUUUGCAUGCAGCUGGUUUUUACUUAAAUCCUGAAUUUUUUUACAAAAAUCCAGAGGCUUGCAAAGUUCCAGAAGUCAUUGGAGGCCUAUACAGAUGUAUCACAAAGUUGAUUCCCAAUAAUGAUACACAAGACCUUAUUUGUGCCGACUUGAUGAAGUAUGAGAGAGCUGAAGGACUCUUCGGUAACCCAAUGGCAAUAAGGCAAAGAAAUACAAGGGCACCAGUUGACUGGUGGGCCUCAUUUGGUCAUGACACUCCCAACUUGCAAAAAUUUGUCGUCAAAGUUCUUAGCCUUACUUGUAGUUCCUCAGGAUGUGAGCGUAAUUGGAGUGUCUUUGAGCAUAUUCACACAAAAAAAAGGAAUAGACUAGCUCAAAAGCGUCUCAAUGAUUUGGUAUUUGUUAAGUACAAUAGAGCAUUGAAAUGUCGAUACCUCAAACGUGAUCGCAUUGAUCCUAUAUCCUUGAAAGAUAUUGAUGAGAGCAAUGAAUGGUUGGUUGGGAAGAUGGAGGAAGAAGCUGUGUUUGAGGGUGAUGAUUUGAAUUAGGAUGAUGUUGCUUUAGCUUCUGGAGCCGAAGAACCAAGGAAAACAACCAGAGCAUCAAGUUCAAAGUCAACAGACUCAACACCUAUCGCGAAAAUGGCAAAACCAACUCUAAAGGCUAAGGCUUCAAGAGGAAAGACAUCUCUUACAGAUGAGGUGAUCGAAGAGGGAGAAUGGGAGACGGAUGAUGAGGAGGAGGAAGAUGUGGAAGGAUAUAAAUCAGAAUCAUCAGAUGAUGAUGAUGAAAUUGAAGAUGAAGUUCUUGGUUCUGAGAAUGAUGAUUAAUGUCUAUGCAUGACUAGAUUUUAUUGCCUUUAAUCCUUUUGUUAUGUCUCUAAGGCCAAACAUUAUUAUGUUAGCUUUUCAUGGAUGAUAUGUUAUGUUUCGUGUUUGGUACUUUCGUUUAACCAUUGACAUGUUAUGUUUUAUGACAUUUAAAAGUUUUACAAGUGUGUUUGUGUUGAAAACUUGUUCUAAUAAAAUUUGCCUCGUUACGAAGGAAUUUUUUUUUUUUUGCGCUUCGUGACAAUAAAGCGCGCGCCGCGCCUUGCGCUAAAGCCCUAGGGGACUGUUGCGCCUCGGUACGCCUUUCGCCAUUUAAAAC